AUGGUGUCCCAUAGCGUGUCGGACCAUGAAAGUCAUAUUGUGCUGGAUGCUGUCUUCCAACUUCUGUCUUCAUUAAUGCUCUCUGCAAACGAUGCUUAUAAUCUGGUUCAAGUCAUUGUCGACAGCACUGAUCUAUGGAACUCUGGCCUGUCCACAACAUCAGCCAGUUGUACUUCGCCUUCAACUGACUCUCUUGCCACGCUACAUACUCAUACUCUGCCACCGAUCCCUUCUGCUACUCUGGCUCUACCCCCAGCCCCUCCCACCACUGCAACUCUGCCCCCUGCCCCACUGAUCCCUUCUGCUACUCUGACUCUACCCCCACCCCUUCCCACCACUCCAACUCUGCCCCCUGCCCCACCAGCUGUGAAAAUACAUUCUCCCCCACCUGAAAUCACACAGCGGUUACCCGACCUCCAAAUGACUAGAAUCAUAGUCGACGGGGAGGAAAGGUUCCAGUAUCAUUAUGAGAAUUUCACCUUCGAUAUUCCGCACACAGGAGCUAGUGGCCCGUUCUACCUUGUGACCCGUGGUCGCCGGGACAUGUACUUCUCCUCAUGUGCUUGGUGUUAG